AUGACGGACUCUGCAGCUGAGGAAGACAAGGACCCUGAUAUUGAGCUAUUUGUCAAGGCUGGGAGUGAUGGAGAGAGCAUUGGAAACUGUCCGUUUUCCCAGCGCCUCUUCAUGAUCCUCUGGCUGAAAGGGGUAGUCUUUAACGUCACCACUGUUGACCUCAAGAGGAAACCAGCUGACCUUCACAACCUGGCUCCAGGGACACAUCCACCCUUCCUCACCUUCCAGGGGGAGGUUCUCACUGACGUCAACAAAAUUGAGGAGUAUCUGGAAGAGAUGUUGGCUCCACCUAAGUAUCCCAAACUUGCAGCAAAGAACCGUGCAUCCAACACAGCAGGAAAUGACAUAUUUGCCAAGUUCUCAGCUUAUGUCAAAAACACAAGACCAGACAAAAAUCGAGAGUUAGAGAAGAGUCUAAAUAAGGCCCUUGCUAAGCUGGAAGAGUAUCUGAUGUGUCCACUACCUGAUGAGGUUCAGUCAGGACGCCACAGCGGAAAUGGAGAAUCUACCCGCAAAUACCUGGACGGUGAUGAACUGACACUGGCUGACUGCAACCUCCUGCCCAAACUUCAUGUUGUUAAGGUGGUUGCAAAGAAAUACAGAAACUAUGACAUCCCAUCUGACUUCAGAGGGGUGUGGCGUUACCUCAGCAACGCCUACAGCCGAGAUGAAUUCAUCAACACCUGUGCAGCUGAUGUGGAAAUCGAGCUUGCUUAUAGGGACGUAGCCAAGAGGCUGGGAAAGUGAACACAUCACAACCACUGUCGCUACAGUACCUUUCUUUCUUUCUGGAAACCCCUACUUCUGACACACAGUGUACAGACUGUGUAACUAGGCACAGGUACAGUGGGCCUGUCAAGCUUUGGGUUUCUUCACAUGUUUAACUGCUGUGCUUGGAGCUGGAGCA